UCAGAUCCUAAUUCUUAUUUGAUGCACUGUUCAGUGUUUCUUUAUGAAUUAACAGCCCUGUUCUUCGGAAUGUCACCCUGCCUGAGAAAGCAGCACCUCUGGGUGCUUUGAAGAUAUUUUUGGUUACAACAAAAUACUUAUCAGCUGGGAGGGCGCACACGGCGAAGACCACGGGAGAUGCCCCAAGGCUGCAGAGGGCUGUGCCUAUUAAAUACCCCACAGGACGGCUGGGUGGCCCUCGCUGGAACCGGUUUAUAUAAGGUUGUCCCAGAGCCUUUAGUGUAAUCCUGAGCGCGAACGCACCUUCCUGAAAGGCUGUCUUUUUUUUUCUCCAGCUCAGGUCACGGACGGGCAGAGCUCCUCUGCAUGAGGCCCUCGGCCGGCUUCCGCUGGCCUGCAGCCCUGGCCAGAAUCUGCGUCGCGCCGCAGGGCCUCCGGCCUCGGGAGAAGCGGGCGCUGCUCGCCCCGCCGGUGGCGGUCCCCGCGGUCCCAGCGGCGGGCAGGAAGGAGCGCCCCGCUCCGCCUCCCCUGGAUGAGACGGAACUUGAAGAGCAGUUUGUGAAAGGGCACGGCCCCGGGGGCCAGGCCACCAACAAAACCAGCAACUGUGUGGUGCUGAAGCAUGUCCCCUCGGGCAUCGUCGUCAAGUGCCAUCAGACAAGAUCGGUUGAUCAGAACAGAAAGCUCGCUCGGAAAAUCCUACAAGAGAAAGUGGAUAUUUUCUACAAUGGUGAAAACAGUCUUGUUUACAAAGAAAAACAGGAGGCAGAGAGGAAAAAGCAAGAGAGGAAAAAAAGAGCAAAGGAAACCCUAGAAAAAAAGAAGCUCCUGAAAGAACUCUGGGAAUCCAGUAAAAAUGUCCACUGAGAAAGAAUCGAA